AUGACAGAUUGGACGUAUGAGAUGCUGCGGUAUGCGUUCAGCUGGAAUGAGGAGUCCGCCGACAAGGCCUUGAAGUACGUUGUCAAUUCCAGGAGCGGGGCCGACUCCAUGUCGGAGUUCCAGCUUCUGGACAUCCUCUUGCUGACCAUCCUCACGGAAAAGGACGAGGUCGAGCGGACGUCCGCUCUGGUCUUCCUGGAAGAACAUGGCAGCAGCCUGAUGUUCGACUACACGAGGUUGCACAAGGUGUAUUUCGUGCUCGACAACAUCCUCGGCUCACCCGUGGACGGACAGUCGAUGACGUACUCUUUGAAGUCGCAGGUACUGGUGACAUACACAGCUCUAUUGAUCCAGUUCAACUGCUUCGAAUCGGAUGUGCCCCGCUUCGAGGGCUUUGUAGAUUUGCUGUUCUCCGUCGUCAAGCACACCAACAAGUCUGCCGACAGGAUGUUGCGAGCAUAUGCUUGCGAAUGCCUCCACGAGCUAGAGACCUGGUACCCUGGGCUGCUGUUCCCUCUGCUUGGCGAAGACUGGACCGUUGUUCCACUGGGCGGGCAGGUCUCGCAAGCUGGUUCGGUGGGCCAGAACACGCUGGGCCGGUUUGUGAACGACGAGCUGCUGCACGUUCACGAGAGCUACUCGCGGUUGUUUUUCACCACCUUCCAGCACUUCGCCGAGCAGGUGGUGCAGGAUGCCAUUCGCCAGCAGCCUACCCGCGAGGGUGACUCAUCGGAGCACACCUCCACGACGGCCACGCCGCUCGGCUCGGCCACGCCGCUGGGCUCCACGCCGCCGUCGUCGCCGCGAACCUCGAUGGCGAAGCGCACUCCGCUGGCUCCGCUCGGCUCCGAGCCUAGCAGCUUCACCAGCGCACCCAGCGCGUCUGGAUUUGGGUCGAUAUCCAGGGACACAGGGGCCGCCGCCGGCGCCGAGUUCUUCAGGUUCAAGGUCCCCGAGACCUGCCACUCUGGGCCCGAGGUCGCCUUCGACUUGGCGCCAGACCAGACGCCGCCACGGCUGCCGAGAAAGCUGGUGCGCACGAUGACCCGAAGCAUCAGCAUUGUCCUGGAGACUAUGCCAACGUCAUCCUCCUGGACCAAAAUAUUCUUCGCCGAGCGCCUCAGCCUGUUCAUCCGGAUAUUGGCACUGCCAUGCCGCGUCGUUUUCCACCACUUCAGCCCCCUGCUGCACGCCUCACGCCCGUCGCUUCUGCACGCGUUCCUCGUCGUGACGGCGCUGUUCUCCAAGGAGAUAGAGGCCUCUGUGUCCGAGGCCGUUGUUGACCGCCUGUUCCUGCUUACGCAGGACACGGCCGUAGAAGCGUGCUUCCGGUGCCUCGCAAUCAAUUGGCUCAUUGCCUUGUCGGCCUCGAAGAAGUCUACCUUCGACUUGCUCUGGGGCCGAGCGCAGGAGCUGUGCCCGCGCUGGCACGACCCCCUGGAGCUGAAGGAGAUGAAGCUGCAGGCGCUCCUGUACUGCUGCCGCACCUCGAAGAAGCUGCCCACCAAUCUGCUGGUGGUGCUCGAGGCGCUCUCGGAGUUCAAGUACUGCUGCAGGCCCGUGGGGGCCCACGCGGUGCUGUUCCGGUUCCUGCUGCGGAUCGUCAUCAACUUCGCUCCCGACAUGGACCGCCUGGAGGUGCCGCAGUGCCUCUGCGACUUGCUGCGUUCGCACCCGCGGCUCCUGCCCUCGGUGCUCGGCGUCGAGCGCAGGGCCUGUUCCGAGGCCGUGCAGUACAAGCUGCUGCACUCCCUCGGAGACUUCGUGUCGCGGCUGGAGCCCCCCUCGCGCAUCCAGUCCUACUUCGGCCUGCUCGUCACGCUGGCGGAGACGACCUGGCUGGACCCGAGCUACGUCAUGUGCGCCCUGCGCAGGCUGGUGUUCUGCCCGAGCUCGACCCUCACAUGGCAGGUGGGCAUUCAGGUGCUCGUCACCUGCCGCAGGGUCAUCCUCUCGCACCCCCAGGCCGUCAUAUACCAGCCCAUGCUGCGGCUGCUGCACCACCUGGCGACGUACCAGGCCUGCGUGGACCUGAGAGACAGGGCGCUCCUGUACCUCAGACUGCUCACUCACGCGGGAUCGGCAUCCCUGGGGACGAUGUUCCACCCGAACCCGAACGACAUAGCGCAAAUGACUAAGAUGCUGACGCCGGUGCUUCCGAAGACGAUCCGCUUGGUCAACGGUCCAGUGCCGUUCCUGCGGCUGUCGAAGUCCCUGGACGAGCGGAAAAAGCUCGGCAUCAUGGACAGGCAGUGCGCCGUGUUCGUCCUCCCUGCGCCCUCCGAGAGCCCUGCCGCCGGUGCCGGGGCCUCUCGGGGCGAGGCCGGCGCCACCGCCUUCGGCGCGAACGACUGGGAGUUGCGCUGGGGCGACGACGCGCAGGACCACCAGUUCCCCAGCGAGUGGCGGGAAUUUGCCGCCCUGGUCGGCGGCGCGGACUUCUCGGUCGUCAUGCACGAGCAGUGGUCCGAGAUCUUCCUGGAGUACAGGCGCCACGUGGAGGCGUCGCCGGCGAGCAUCCGCUUGCCGUUCGUGCUCGAGUACCAGAAGGUGCAGAAGAUGACGUCGGAGGCGUUCGAGUUCUUCGACUGCCCGCGCCAGCUGUUCUCACUCGAGCUCACGUUCUCCUCCAGCGAGCACUUUGUUCCCAUCGAGCCCAUACGAAUCCCUUACAUCGCAGAGGACAGGGGCCACGCUGCUUCGUCCCACGCAGGUGGCUUUCCCAGCAUGAACAAGCUGCUGCUGAGGCUCCAGCCGAUCAGCCCAGUGCCCACGUCCUUCGGCGUGAACAUCGCGUUCAACGACAGCCUGGGGAACAUGUACUUCGGCCAGCUGGAGACCUUCAACGCUGCGUUCCAGGACCUGUUCCUGCCAGUGAGGCUGCCGCUCAUAUUCUGGGCGCACCUUUUCGAGACCCUGUGGAAGGGGAGCAUGGAGGAGUCCUGUUGGUCCGUCAAGAUCUUGGACUUGGACCGCCAGGUCGUACAGGGCCUGAUCCAGUCGCACCUGGGUCCCUUCGUCGUGCCGCCCGGCGUGCGGCUGCACGAGGAGGACUUCGAUUUCGAGCAGGAGGAGUACUUCGAGCGGUGGAGCGCCCUGGAGGAGAGCAGCAGCGCGGAGAUCCCCGACGUGGGCGAGGUGACCGUGAACGUGGAGACCGUGUGCGUCAUCAUCUUCAUACCCCCGUUCUACCACCUGCUGCUGCGCUUCGCGAUCUCUUCGCACUCGACGAUUGUGCGCGCGCUCACGGACCGCUUCCAGCUGCUGUCGUACAUGGACUCCUUCUUCCUGUCGUGGAGCCGGGACGCCGCCGUGAUGGCAGACGGCGUUGCUGGCUCGGACGGCGCCGUUGGCAUGGCGCCGACUUAG